AUGUAUAGAAGGCUAGUUGGCAGGUUGAUUUAUUUGAGCUUAACAAGGCCUAAUAUAGCUCAAGGUGUUCAACAGCUUACACAAUUUAUGCAGAGCCCUUGUUCUGAUCAUUUGAAGUCAGCUCUGCAUUUACUAAAGUACCUCAAAGGGACACUGUUGCAUGGUCUCUAUUAUCCUGUUGAAUCAAGUUUACAGUUAACUGCAUAUUGUGAUGCAGAUUGGGCCACAUGCACCAUAACCUGGAAGUCGAUUACAGGCUAUUGUGUGUUUCUUGGAGAUUCUUUAGUUUCUUGGAAAACCAAGAAACAAGCAACUGUUAGCAGAUCAUCUGCUGAAGCAGAAUACAGAUCAAUGGCAACCACAGUUUCAAAUUCAGUGUUUCAUGAGAGAACAAAAUACUUGGAUAUUGACUGCCAUAUUGUUAGAGAGAAAUUAAAAGCUGGAUUCAUUACUACUUCUCAUGUUCCAUCAAAAUUUCAGAUAGCAAAUAUGUUUACUAAGAUUCUUCCUUUUGCUGCAUUCAAAUUUCUUAUUUCCAAGCUAGGAAUGAUUUAUGUUUUUCCAUCCCAAGCUUGA